CUGUCGUGCUUAAGAUGCGUAAUUGUUUGCAGACAAAACGAGAGAGAGCAUCUGUGGAGCAGCUGCGUGUGGAGGAACUCUUCAGAUAUAUAGAUAGAUAGAUUGCUGGGAGCGAGAGACCGAGGAGCGAUGGGGUGCAUCUCCUCCAAGGCACUGAGCAGGUCAGGGAGCCUGCGGGGGAAGGCCAACCAGGGGCUCCAGAGGAGCGGCCUGGUCGAGGAGAUCAUCCUCUCCAACUCCAAGAGGAACGGCGACCAGUUCCUCGCCCUCCUCUGCACCUCCAGCUCCGCCGCCAGGAAGAGCAAGGUCGACGCCGCCGAGCAGAUCGAGACGAUCAACGUGUCUGACCUUCUCGCCGGGCUGGAGGAAGAGAACACACCGGAAGGUGCCGAGGAGCGGGGCGAUGAUCGGAAACCAGACGGCGGCAAAACUUCGUCGCCUCGGUGUGCAUACGAUGGCGCGGCCGGGAGGGCGGUCAGCUUCCGCACGCUGGAGGAGUUCGACGCGUUGGUUUCGCGGUGCGGCUCGCCGGAGAAAGCGGAGCCUGCACCAGCACCAGCAGCUGAACCAGACGCGUCCGUGGAGCCGCCGCCGCAGAGCAGCUCCUCCAAGGAGCAAGCCGCGACGGCCACAGGGAGCAGCGAAUCCGAACCAGACGCGUCAGCGGUGCCGCCGCAGAGCAGCUCCACGGAGCAAGGCGAGAUGGCCACCGCGAGCAGCGCUCCGGCACUAGGGGAGGCGCCUGGCGGCGCGAAGAGGCGGGCGAGGGCGAGGCAGCUCGGCGAGCUGAGCGCGACGCCGGGCUUCGACUUCAGCAAGUCCGGCAGCCUGAGGGACUGGCUGCUCGGCGGCGGGCAGAUGUUCUCGCCGGGCUCCUACGUCACGCCCAAGUUCGGCAGCGUGGCGGCGGCACCGCCCGAGUCCGCAGAGCACGGGGAGCGCGCGGUGUUUGAUCCGGAGCUGGUGGCGCAGCUGGAGGAGGCCAUGGAGGAGCUCUCGGUGGACGAAGAACGCGUGCUGCGGGAGGUCUUGGAGGUAAUCGAAGCGGGAGAAACACAGAGGUUGGAGAGGCGAGAUGCUCCGGAAGUGCUGGCGGUGAUUGUGCAGGAUUAGGCGUCAGUUUGGUGAUGAUUUUGGUAGCUUUUGUUGCCGUUUUAGAGUGCUUGUGAUGUGAUUUCAGAUUUGUGAAUCCUUUGUAAGGAGAAAUGUACAGCAAAGAUUUUAUUGUUUCAAUUUUUUCGUGUUGUUUCUCCAACA